AUGGAGUCGCCCCUGGCGUCGCUGCUCUGGCGCUCACUCCGCGUCUACCAGGUGUUUGGCGCAAAUACCGACGUUGGCAAGACCGUCUUUGCUACGCUGCUCGGCAGGACCGCCAGGAAGCUCUGGCGAGACGAGGCCGUGACGUAUCUGAAGCCCGUGUCGACGGGGCCGGCCCAUGAAGCGGAUCAUUGCCACAUAAAUCGCUUCGUCCCUGGCGUCGCCUACAAAACGCUAUUUCAGUAUGACAUACCCGUCAGUCCGCACAAAGCUGCACUGGCCUCGGGCAAGCCCGUCCCCUCAGAGGACGCCUUGCUAGCCAAGUGCCGCGAGUACGCCGCCGAUUGCAAUGCCCGGCGCGGAAAGGGCUGGCUGUUUCUCGAAACCGCCGGCGGUGUUCAUUCACCCAGUGUCUCAGGCCGCACGCAGGCUGAUCUUUACAUCCCGCUGCGCAUCCCAACCGUUUUGAUAGGCGACUCUCGCCUCGGCGGCAUCUCGCAAACCAUUUCUGCCUUUGAGUCCCUGCUGCUGCGCGGCUAUCAAGUCGAGUCGAUCCUGCUAUUUGAGAAUGCCCGGUAUGAGAAUCACCGCUAUCUCAGUGACUACUUCCAGGAGCAUCACCGAGUCCCCGUCACCAGCGCGGCCGAGCCGCCCCGUAAGAGCGACGAUGCUCGUCUCGACGCCGAGGCCAUGGCCGAGUACUAUGACAGGACGGGUUGUCGUGAGACCGCCGGCAGUGUCCUCGAGCACCUGCGUCGCCGCCACAGCGAGCGCAUCGCUUCACUCGAGUCGCUACCCGAAAAGGCUCACCGGCACAUCUGGUACCCCUUUACGCAGCAGAGCUUGCUCGGCCCGGCAGACAUCAUGGCCAUUGACUCGGCACACGGCGACCACUUCCAGACCCUGAUUCCCCAAGCCGCCACCGAGGACGCCGCGUCGGGCAAGUCGCUGCUUAGGUCCUCGUUCGACGGGUCGGCGUCUUGGUGGACGCAGGGCCUGGGCCACUCCAACCCACGCCUGACUCUGGCUGCCGCCUCGGCUGCAGGGAGGUAUGGACACGUCAUGUUCGCCGGAGCAGUCCACGAGCCAGCCAUGGAGCUUGCCGAGACGCUGCUGCAAACCAUGGGCAACCCUCGCCUCAGCCGCGUCUUCUACUCGGACAACGGAAGCACCGGCAACGAGGUCGCCCUCAAGAUGGGCCUGCGGGCCGCGCGGCUGCGUUACGGGCCAGACGACGAGCAGCAGCUAGGCAUCCUCGGCCUCAAGGGUGGUUAUCAUGGCGACACCCUCGGGGCCAUGGACUGUGCGGAGCCGUGUCUGUUUAAUGACAAGGUUGAGUGGUACGACGGCAAGGGUUACUGGUUCGAUUACCCGACAGUUCUGUGCUCGAAUGGCGAGUGGUCUGUCAAGAUCGACGGUGGCGGGUUGCGAGCCGAGUUGGGCGACGCCAAGCGCUUCAGGUCACUCGAUGAGAUAUUCGACAUGGAGGCCAGAGAGAAACGUGGCGAGCACCAGCCGUACGAGAAGCACAUUGUGGAUAUUCUAGAUCGUCUGCAUAAGCAGGGCCGCAGAUUCGGCGCCUUGAUCCUCGAGCCCAUCGUCAUCGGCGCAGGCGGCAUGGCUCUCGUCGACCCCCUCUUUCAACGCACGCUGGUCAACGUGGUGCGACGGUCAACCCGUCUCUUCAGCGCGUCCUCGGGCGCCGCCUCGCCUCCACCAACGACGGGCCCGCAUGACUGGGCCGGCCUGCCCGUCAUCUUCGACGAGGUCUUCACCGGCUUAUACCGCCUCGGCCGGCGCACGCCGUCGUCCUUUCUCGGCGUCCACCCGGACAUUUCAGUGCAUGCCAAGCUCCUGACGGGGGGGCUUGUCCCCCUGUGUGCCACGCUGGCUUCCGAGUCCAUCUUCGACGUCUUCAGCAGCCCAGACAAGACGGACGCCCUGCUGCACGGCCACAGCUACACGGCGCAUCCCGUCGGGUGCCAGGUCGCGCUCGAGUCGGUGCGCGCGAUGCAGGCCAUGGAGCGGAGGGGGGAUUGGGACUGGGCCAAGAAUCAGGGGUGGACGGGGGCGGGGAGGCAAGAAGGCGACAACUUGAGCGAAGGCGUCUGGUCUGUGUGGCCGCGCGACUUUGUCGAGUCACUCUCGCGCCGGUCGCAGCGCGUGGAUGGAGUAUGGGCUCUGGGAAGUGUUCUCGCGAUCCAUCUUCGAGAUGGGGCGGGCACCGGAUACAGCAGCAACGCCGCCGCGGGACUCCGCGAGGCCCUCGGCCGCGGACGAGACGAGCCCGGCGUGCGAGGGCCGUGGAAUGUGCACGCCAGGGUGCUGGGCAAUGUUCUGUAUCUCAUGACGAGCCAGACGACGACGGAGAGUAGCAUCAGACAGCUGACGGAGCUUGUCGAGGAGAGCCUGGCGACGUAA